UUCGUUCUACUCUCAAUAUCCACAAAACUGUAAUGUAUUUUUCUAAAAUUCGAGGAAUAAUCAUCCCCUGUCCCUCUCUUUACGCUCAAAAUUCAAGUAAUAAUUAUCUCUCUCUCACUCACUGUCUCUUUCCAUUCUCCAUAUUCGACUAAUAACUCUUUCUCUCUCUUUAUAUUCACGGUUCGAGCCUAGUCUCUCUCUCUUCAUGGACGAAGUUUUUGUUGGGUCCCCUGGUCUCACUCUUCUCUCAUCUGGUUUCGUUCCUCUGUCGUCCUUGUUCUGCUCAAUUCUCCUCUGAAACCCUUCUCUCUGUCUCUGUAUCUCUCUCUCUCUCUUUUCCCAUCUUAGAGAAACGGGCAUGUGGAUUACCCCGAAGUACAGCGCGGUUUCGCUUUCUGGCCCGUUCUCACGGAUGGUUCCGGGCUUUGUCUUUUCUGAGGCUGAGCUUCGUGAUGGUUCUCUCCGGCAUUCGUACCUCUCUCUCUCUCUCUCAAUUUUGUUUGAAAUGCUUUGUUUUGUGUGUUGGAUCCAUGGAGGUUAGGUUAUUUAGAAAGUAGAAGCUAUUGAGAUCGUUAAAUUUUGCUCGAAUUUAAUUGUUCAUAUUUCCUUUUCCUUCUGUGAGUUAGGGCUUUGAGGUUAGAGGCUCUCAGCGCUUUCAUUGGGUUCUAAAAGAUGAAUGGACUAUAUAGGGUUUCACAUUUCACGGGGUUUCUGGAUUCUAGGGUUUUGUCUGUGUAAUCUGUGAUCAAAGAGCCUGAAAGUUGGAGAAGAGAAAGGUUAACAUCCUGAAUUAGGGAUGUUGAACAAGAUCAUAGGAAGGCGAACACAUCGCAAGCUGCCUCCGAAAUCAGACCCAAUUGAACCAGCAGUGUUCUCUUUUGCCUCCUCUGAGAGAGUAGGCAGGCCUUCAGGAAAUUCAUCGAAUUUUCGUAACUCUGGGUCAGUUUCGAACCCUAGCAAUGUCUCUUCAUCUGCUAAUAAUGUUCCAAGGUUAGGUGGUAAUCCACAAAUUGGGGGGCAAGCAGGUGGUGGAAUUGAUAGGGGUCUGGUUCAUAAUGGCACAGUUGGGGUCAUCGAGCCAUUGCCCCUCUUUCGAGAUGUACCAGUUAGUGAACGCCAGGUCUUGUUCAUUCGGAAGCUUCAGAUUUGUUGCAUAUUGUUUGAUUUCUCUGAUACUCUGAAGUCAGUGAGAGAGAAAGAAGCAAAGAGGCAAACUUUGCUCGAGCUGAUUGAUUUCAUACAAUCUGGAUCAGGAAGAAUCACUGAGAACGUUCAAGAAGAACUGAUAAGAAUGGUCUCAAUCAAUAUCUUUCGAUGCUUGCCCCCUGCUUCUCAUGAAAACACAGGAAAUGAAAACACUGACCCAGAUGAAGAGGACCCAUAUAUUGAUCCUGCUUGGCCACACUUGCAAUUGGUCUAUGAUCUACUCCUUCGGUAUGUUGUCUCAUCAGAUACUGAUACAAAGAUUGCAAAGAGGUAUAUCGAUCACUCAUUUGUUUUGAGACUACUCGAUAUUUUUGACUCUGAGGAUCCUCGAGAGAGGGAGCAUUUGAAGACCAUAUUGCAUCGCAUUUAUGGAAAGUUCAUGGUGCACCGCCCCUUCAUUCGAAAAGCAAUCAAUAAUAUAUUUUUCCGAUUUAUUUUCGAGACUGAGAGGCACUGUGGAAUAGGUGAGCUUUUGGAGAUUCUUGGAAGCAUAAUAAAUGGGUUUGCGUUGCCCAUGAAAGAGGAGCAUAAGCUGUUCCUUGUUCGGGCCCUUAUCCCUCUCCACAAGCCUAAGUCAGUGGCUCUUUAUCAUCAGCAAUUGUCCUAUUGCAUUACCCAAUUUGUUGAGAAAGAUUACAAGUUAGCUGAUACUGUAAUCAGGGGAUUGCUGAAGUUCUGGCCGGUGACAAAUUGUCAGAAGGAGGUUCUUUUCUUGGGUGAGUUGGAGGAAGUUUUGGAGGCAACCCAAUCUGCAGAAUUUCAGCGAUGCAUGGUUCCACUUUUCAGGCAAAUAGGGCGCUGCCUUAAUAGCUCUCAUUUUCAGGUUGCAGAACGUGCUCUCUUCCUUUGGAACAAUGACCACAUUGUGAGCUUGAUAGCCCAAAACCGAAGCGUGAUUUUCCCCAUUAUCUUCGAAGCCCUGGAGAGGAACAUCCAGGGACAUUGGAACCAGGCAGUCCAUGGCCUCACUCUCAAUGUUCGUAAGAUGUUCCUUGAGAUGGAUAACGAUCUCUUCCAAGAGUGUCAACACCAGUUUUUAGAGAAGGAAGCAAAUGCCAAAGACCUUGAAGACAGGCGUCAAAUGACAUGGAAAAGACUGGAAGCUGAGGUUGCAGCCAAAUCUGGGGGUGAAGACAUGGUGAUGGUAAAUUAAGGCAGGAAACCGUCUAUUCCCAUGAGCGAUGGCAGCGGAAGUGAUGCCAAGGUUAAUAGAAAUUCCUAGUUUAGGCUCUGUAUUCCAUGUGAGCCAAGGCUUAAUUGGUCAGCACUUGAUGAUUUGCAACACCACGUCUUGGGCUCAAUUCCUACCAAGCGUAGGGGCCCUAUCCGCACUUUCUCAUCCAAUGAGCCCGAGCUUAAUUGGUCAACGCUUGAAGAUUUGUAACGCUACGUCCUAGGCUCAAUUUCUACCAAGGGUAGGGGUCCUCUCCGCACUGACUCACCCAAAAAAAAGAAGAGGAGGAUUGUUCACAAAAUGAUACUUGUACGUUACGAUUUUCGAAAUUUUUUGGUUUGUUUUUGUUCAGCAUUGCGUAUGAAAUGUAUCAAGAAAUUGAUGGGCUAAAUAAGCCAAUUCUAAAGGGGUGCACUCUGGAGAGGAACUCUUCUUAGAUUUCA